AAAUCGGAAAAUGUCGAAUCAGAACGGGAAGCUAACGCCGAAUCUGAACCAGCAGACGACCAAGGAGCUCAGCCUCACCGUCCUCCAGCGAAUCGACCCUUGCGUCGAUGAAAUCCUGAUGACCUGUACCCACGUCACCUUGUACAAGUUGGACAGCAACACCAGCCAAUGGAGCCGCAAGGACGUCGAGGGAUCUCUCUUCGUCGUCAAGAGGACCUCCCAGCCUCGCUUUCAGUUCAUUGUCAUGAACCGCCUCAGCACCGAAAAUUUGGUGGAGGACCUUUUGGGAGAUUUCGAAUGUCAAGUCCAGCUUCCCUAUCUGCUGUAUCGAAAUGCGGCGCGAGAGGUGAAUGGUAUAUGGUUCUACAAUGCAGCUGAGUGUGAAGGGGUGGCUAAUCUUUUCACCGGGAUACUUGGUGCAUAUUCCAAGGUGCCUCAAAAGUCAACAUUACCCACUACAAAGAGUGAGUUUGAGGAACUCGAAGCAGUCCCGAUCACGGAUGGUCCUUUAGAGCCAUCAUCGUCAACUACAUCGAAUGACACAGAUAUUCCUGAUGAUCCUGCCUUUGUGAACUUCUUUAGUGUAAGUGUUGUUUCCUUCUCUUUUCUGGAGUUGUGGAAACUAGAUCUGGCCUGA